UGGCGUACCGUUGAUUUUCGUUUUUUUAUACUGACGUGUUUAGAUAUUUGACGUUAUGUUGUGUUUAAAUCUCUUUACUUUUAUUUUUAAAAAAAGUGAUUAGGAUGAACUAUUUUGCACUUCAACGUUUAUACUGAAAUCCACACACCGGAUGUGUUUUCUGACUGCUGCGAUUGGUCGAUACGAAAAUACUGACACACUCAGAGAAGCAACUGAAACUGAGCUGAAUGUGUCAGGACAAUGGAGAAGACUUUAUGUAAUGUUCACGGCAGCGUGUGUAUGUUAAAAACGGGCGUUAAAGAUGGACCAAAUAAAGGCAAAAGCUUCUACGUCUGCGUUGACAAGCAAGGCUGCGAUUUCACUCAAGUGGCCAGCAUCUCACCAUCCCACUGCCUCCAACAUGAAGAUUCGAUGGUGGAACUCCAAGCUCUCACCUACAGUCUGCAACAGCAGAGCCACAGGUUGUUCUACAGGUGUGUUGUGGGCAAAAAAGUAGGCCAAAGAUGGUGUGGAACCGUGCCUUGGACUGCACCAGAGAAAGAAAAGAGAACCCCUCUUUCUGACACACAGCUACAGCCCUCUUGCCUGCCGCCUGUCCUAAACCCCUUUAAAGUCUCCAGCAAGACGGACAAGGACUCUGAGUGGACCAGAGUGCAACAAGGUGGAGGUGAUAAGAAAAGAACCGAUUUCAAAGACAGCGAGGCAAGUCACAAGGCUGAAUCAAGAGAGGGGUGUCAGAAAGAAAAUGUGCAGAGCGUAAAUGCAGGAGUGGAAGAAGAGGAGGCAGGGAAGCUAAAUACAGCGGAUUCUUACAGAGGUAAACAACUUCCACCGGGGAUGACGUUAAAGAAGAGAGUUACAGAUGAGGAGAGAAACAGUUGCAAAGCUAAGAAUGUGGAAAAAACGACAGAUACGUUGCAAGACAUGACUAAAGAGAACCAGAAAGCAGAAAAUAAGAUUUCUAACUCCAGUGUCAAGGCUGUUCACCCAGAGAAAAUAAAUCAGACCUUACAGAGUUCUCACAAAGACUCGCCCCACCAAGCAACUAAUGGUAAAACCUGUCCGGUGGAACAAACUGACCCUGCUGUAAAAAAGAGUAUCUCUAAAUGUGCACCCGGUUCCAGAGGCUCUGAUACCACCAGGGACCUUGCAUCUACCAAAACGGCACAAUUAGAGUCCAGUCAAACCAAAAUCCACCAAGAUGAUGAUGACGAUGUAGUGGUGGUGUCAGUGAAACCUGCUACUCAGAAAACUCCUCCUGUUACUGCUGUUCAAAAGACACUGACCAACUUCGCUGGAUUUCAGCCAAGUUCUAAGAUGAAAGUUCAGCAUGAAGCUCCCAAAGGGCUGCACAGCCUGCUCACUGCUCAACUCCAACAGAAAAAGGCGACUCUGUCCGUGGUGAACGUGGCAGCUCUGCCAGAUAAAGGGGAAAGGUUGAGGACUCAGGUGAAAGAGUUGGAGGACGCGCUGGAGUCUCUGAGCCUCACUGCUGCUUCUCAGCCUGAGUCCCAGAGUGAACGUAACAGCGGUGAUGCUAGUCUAGGUAGCAGCCAGGUAAACCCAUUCAGCCGGCAGGGCGGCGCCAUCCUGCUUCCUGCCCCCGGUCCCUCCCAGCACCAGGCCUCUGGCAGCUCCCUGGGGCUUCAGCUGAGCCAGGGAUACACCCAGAUGUGUGGAGCAAACCCACAGGUGGCAGGUGGUCUUUAUGGUGGGAGGAUGACUCACGACCGUCUGCUGGCGGUGAAAAAUGCCACCUGCGAGGCCAUUGACCAUCUCCACAAAUCCCUGGAGUCCUGCCCCGACGCUGAGGCCGAGGUUCCCGACCCAAAGGGCAUCAAGGUGUCGCUCCUGGCCCAUCAGAGGAGAGCUUUGGCCUGGCUGCUCUGGAGAGAAACCCAGAAUCUUGGAGGAAUUCUGGCGGAUGACAUGGGUCUGGGGAAAACCCUGACCAUGAUUGCUCUCAUACUGGCCAAGAAGAUCAAAGCAAAAGGGGAAGUUGAGAAGAAGGAAGAGAAGAAGCCAGUGAGCUGGUUCUCCAAAACUGACUCCAGCCUGGUGGUUUCUAAGGGCACUCUGAUCAUCUGUCCCGCCUCGCUGGUCCACCACUGGAAGAGGGAGAUUGACAGACAUGUCAAGACAGGCAAGCUGACUGUGUACCUGUACCACGGCCCCAACCGCGAGAAAAGUGCCAAAUUGCUGGCAGAUUAUGAUGUGGUGGUGACCACAUACAGUUUGGUCUCUAAGGAGAUCCCAGUCCAGAAAGAGGAUGGCGAGAGACCCAGCAAAGAUGCUGAUGAUGUGUCUUUACGCUCUGCUCCUCUUCUGCGAGUGACCUGGGCCCGGGUGGUUCUGGACGAAGCCCACAACAUCAAAAACCCAAAAGUGCAGACCUCCAUGGCUGUCUGUCAGCUGGGGGCUCGUGCCCGCUGGGCUGUCACUGGUACACCCAUCCAGAACAACCUGCUGGACAUGUACUCACUGCUCAAGUUUCUGCGUUGUUCUCCGUUUGAUGAGUACAAACUCUGGAAAGCUCAGGUGGACAACGGCUCUAACCGAGGCAGAGAGAGACUCAACAUCCUGACGAGGACUCUGCUGCUCCGACGAACCAAAGACCAGAAGGACUCCACAGGGAGACCACUGGUGUCUCUUCCUGGUCGGAGCUGCGAGGUGCAUCAACUCAAACUGUCCCAGGAUGAACAGGCUGUGUAUGAUGUGGUCUUUGCCCAGUCAAGAUCGACUCUGCAGAACUACCUGAAGAGACAUGAAGGAAAUGAUGUGAAAAAUGGAAAUGCUUCCAGUUCCAAUCCCUUUGACAAAGUGGCCCAAGAGUUUGGUUUGUCCCAGGCCGACCCUGCUGUGUCGAGUUCCCAGCAGCUCCAACCGGCAUCCAGCACCGUCAACAUCCUGUCGCUGCUGCUGCGCCUCCGACAGUGCUGCUGUCACCUGUCACUUCUUAAGAAGACUCUUGACACGUCGGAGCUGCAGGGCGAUGGCAUCGUCUUGUCUCUGGAGGAGCAGCUCAAUGCCCUGUCACUCACCUCCAGCCCCUCCGCACCGGGCACUCCCACCAACGACACCGUGGCCCUUAAUGGCACACGCUUCUCCUCACAGCUCUUUGAGGACACCAGUGAGAGCACCAAGAUUGCUGCUAUUGUCUCUGAGCUAAAGGCAAUCAGACAGAAGAGUAGUGAUCAGAAAAGCGUGAUCGUGUCCCAGUGGACCAGCAUGCUCAAAAUCGUAGCAGUUCAUGUGCAGAGGAUGGGCCUGAGUCACGCGGUUAUCGACGGGACCGUCAACCCCAAACGCCGCAUGGACCUGGUGGAAGAAUUUAACACCAACCCUCACGGACCACAGGUGAUGCUGGUGUCUCUUUGUGCUGGAGGGGUUGGACUCAAUCUCAUCGGGGGCAAUCACCUCUUUCUUAUUGACAUGCACUGGAACCCAGCCUUGGAGGAUCAGGCCUGUGACCGAAUUUACAGAGUUGGACAAAGUAAAGAUGUCACCAUCCACAGGUUUGUGUGUGAUGGCACAGUGGAGGACAAGAUCUCCACACUGCAGGCGAAGAAGAAGGAGCUCGCCCAGAAUGUGCUGUCAGGAACGGGAAGCACCUUCUCCAAACUCUCCUUGGCUGAUCUCCGAAUCAUUUUUGGUGUCUGAGAUGGGAGAGGACAGAGGAUGUUGUGCCACACUUUCAACCUUAUAGCCACACCAACAGACAACUGUUCAUACAUAUAUUUAAAGUUCAGGGCAUAAAUCUGAAAAAUCUUGAAAUAACCUAAUAAGACGUUCCAUCAUCUCUUAGCUUAAUCCAUAACAGUGUUUUAAAAUACAUCCGAACUGCUUUACAAAAUAUUAGACUUAAUUUGCCUCAACAUUUUAUUUCAAGGUUUCCUUAACUGUUCGUCCCUAAUUUCAGAACAGCUCUUGACAUCUCCCUACUCAUAACAUCUCCUUACAUGUUGCUUUAAUGGAUUUUUGUAAGCAUUUCAGUUGGUAUUGAAUUAGACGUUGCGUUCAUUCUGGACGCUGCUUUUGCCCCAAUUUGUUGCUUCAGUGCAAAACUAGUUAAUUGAUGACCAUCACGUUCUCUUAUUGUAUUCAUUUUAAGAGGUCCAUGAAGCUGUAGAAGAGAAGAGGAAGUCCUGAAUAUGUUAAUUAUUUUUUUCUUUUGCUAUUUAUCAGUUGCCGAUGCCUCUUUGUCCAAACAGCCACUGCUGUGGAGGUAACACUAAACAGCAGAUUUGAGCUUUCAAUUGAACCUUUUUAAGAUUAAUUAACCAAGUAAGUUUUCUGAGACUACAACUACAACUGCAGAUACUGUAACAUACAAGCUGACAACUUGAAACAUAUUUAUACACACAAAAUCAUCAUGCAACACAUGUACACAGCUACAAAUGUAUGUAUUGCAAAAGCCAUAGCUGACAUACAGGUGAGGAGCUCUUGCUCUUUUGGUCCAGUGUGAUGCUUUACAGCACUUUUUUUGUUUAUGGCAUAUGCUACAGUAGGUGUAGCAAAAAAAUUAAGUAAUAUUUUACUUUUUAUUUGUGUCACCUGUUGGAUUUUAUUUCUUCUAAAGCUGUUUUCAAAUUGCUUUUUUAAAGUAUUUUAUGUUUGUUAUGUUAAAUGCAGGUGCUUUGACUUAUGGAAGACAAAGUGACUCCUUACUGAAUAAAGUCCUUUGCAUAAUUAA